UGUCCGGUUUGGUGUGUGUGUGUGUGUGUGUGUGUGUGUUGUCAGAUACAGAGCUGUGAGAGAGCAGGUAAAGACACACAGUCAACGUCAACUGAACACGGGACACAGGACACAGGACACAAGACACGGGACACGGGACACAAGACACGGGACACGGGACACGGCGGCUCCGUGCUACAGAUAUUUGGCGUCUCCGCUGAAGCUGUGAGCAGACACGAUGAUGGUGGACUCUGCAUUGGCUCAAGUGGGCAAGAACCUGAAUGAAGCCAUGAGAAUAUUGGGGGAUGGACAAAGAGAGUUGGAGCCAGGAACAGAACGGCAGCGUUUGAGCAGAACCAGCAUCCCUGGACCCCUGCAGGGAGAUGGACAGGAUGUUGCCGCUAUUCUGCACUUAGUUCACCACCUCAUUCACGAAGAUGAAGAGAGUGACGACAAACCCAAGCAACAUAGGUUGCAGAGUGUGUGUGAACAGGGUCACAUGGCUCUGCUGGGUCACAGCCUGGCCGCCUACAUCUCUGUGCUGGACAGAGAGCGACUGCGCAAGCUGACCACGCGGAUCCUGUCUGACACCACGCUGUGGCUCUGCAGACUGUUCAGGUAUGAGAACGCUUCAGCCUGCUUCCAUGAAGACGACAGAGACGGUCUGGUCAAAGUGUGUCGGCUGGUCAUCAACGCUCGUUAUGAAGAGUAUGCCUCUGAGGGAUAUGCAGUCCUCAGCUCCAGACAGCCCGUCAUCUACCAGAGUGCCUCCUGCAGGCCGGGCCUGGGACAGCACGUGUGUGGACAGCUCGGCCUGCCUCUCUCCAGCCUGUGCACCGUCCCGUGCAACACAGUCUUUGGAUCCCAGCACCAGAUGGACGUCGCCCUGUUGGACAAACUCAUCAAAGAAGACAUAGAAGCUGGGAAGCUUCCGUUGCUGCUGGUGGCUAAUGCAGGCACUCCUGGAGCAGGACAUACAGACAAGCUGGCUCGCCUCAAGGACCUGUGUGAGCAGCACAGCAUGUGGCUCCAUGUGGAGGGAGUCAACUUGGCAACCCUGGCACUGGGUCAGGUCACCUCUGCUGUCUUGGCAGCCAUCAGAAGUGACAGCAUGACACUGACUCCAGGUCAAUGGCUGGGGCUGCCUGCGGUCACUGCGGUCACCCUCUACAGACAUGAAGACCCUGCACUGUCUCUGGCAGCAGGUUUGACCUCCAGUCAGCCCGUGGAGAAGCUGCGAGCGCUGCCUCUCUGGCUCUCACUGCAGCACCUCGGUCACAACGGGAUUGUCCAGAAAAUCAAACAUGCAACUGCCCUGAGCCAGCAGCUCCUGCAGAAGCUCAAAACUCUGUCUUCUAUCAAAACAUCGGAUGUGCUUGAGACAGAGAUCUCUCUCAUGGAGGCUUUGACCAUGGUGGAGGAUGAACUGGCUUCUCCUGUGGUUCUGUUCAAGUUCUCCCAGGACCUGAGUGCUGCUGCAUCCAAUGUGGGUUCAGCAGAGAGUUACUGCGCAGGGGAGAGAGAGGUCCUGGAUACUUUCAACAGAUGGCUGGGUGAACAACUGGCUCUGUGUGUUCACGCCUGUGGAGUGGAGGUGGUGGAGGUUGAAGACGAGGGGACCUGUGUCCGCUUCAGCCCCCUGCUGACUGCUGCAGUGCUCGGGACUCAGCAGGAGGACGUGGAGGAGCUGCUGCAGAAGCUGACUGAGCUGCUUCCUGUGAUGAACUCCACUCUGUGUCUGAGACAGGAGUUCAGAGAGGAGAGCCGCAGACACACAGCCUCACUCACGUAUGUGGACGACCUGAGCUGGCCCGGCCUGGGAGCGCUAAGGUUUGAGCCACAGACUGAAGGGAUGGACGAGAGCAGGAGGAAGCAAGAGCUCCAGAAAAUUAACACUGAGCUGCUGAAGAAACUGCAAGAGCUGGACACGGACAUCGUCUUCUCUGCUGGUCCUGACUUUGGACAGGAGGAAGACUGUGUCUUUGUGGGCAUGGUGACUGACGAUGUUGACGUUCCACAGCUGGUGGACACAAUCGCUGCCCUGGGCAGGGACAUAGAGGAGAGUGGGAAGCUGUUGGAGAACAUGACAGAGGUGGUGAGGAAGGGCAUCAUGGAGGCUGAACUGCAGCUGCAGAAGGCCAGCGAGGACAAACUCAUGGAAGAGGGCGUAAUAAGACAACUUCCUCUCGUUGGCUCCGUCUUAAACUGGUUCUCUCCAGUUCAAAGCUCCAUGAAGGGACAGACCUUUAACCUGGCUGCAGGUUCCCUGGACAGCACGGAGACAACAUACUCCACCAAAGCUCAGACAGACAGGCCGUCCCUGCAGGACACGCCCACAUCCUCUUCAAAGAGACCACCAGGUCAGAGGUUAUUCCAGCGCUCGGGAGCAAACUCCGACUCCUACAGUGAGACCAGUUCCAUCGAACAAGUUGAGAGUUUCAGUGUGAGCGGCAGCACGCUCCCUCCUUCCUCACCACUCGUACCAGAGGAGGACACAGACCAGAGUCAUGAGUCGGCAGAAGAACCUCAGGUAUCACCCGAGCAGAUGCAAAACACACAGACGGCAGCUGAGGACGCCUCAGUGGAGAGGCAGCCUGAGGGAGCAGAGGAGGUGACGCAGAGCGGGAGAUAGGACCGUCUUUGGUGUCCACAAACCGUCCUGUCAAAAGUUGAAUGAAAAAAAAAAAAGGCUUUAUUAUAUUGUUAAUCUUACUGUUCUACAAUUGAAGGGAACAUUUCUAGAGCUAAAUUGACCUGUUUGUUUGUAUUUUUCAUGGUUGAGGAAAGUAAGUUAAUGAGAAAAAAAAUCCUAUAUGUGAUAUAUGCUGCGUUUCCAUCAUGGAACGGUGCGGUUUGGUACAGUACAGCCCUGAGUCAGGCCUGGGUCAUGGGCGACCACAAACAGAGAUAGAGACUAACUACCAUGAACGGCAAUAGUGAAUGAUGACAGUGAACGGCGACCACGAAUGACAAUAGUGAACGACGAUAGUGAAUGAUGACAGUGAACAGCGACCACGAAUGACAAUAGUGAACGACGAUAGUGAAUGAUGACAGUGAACAGUGACCACGAAUGACAAUAGUAAACGACAAUAGUGAAUGAUGACUGUGAACGCCAACGACUACAACGAACAACGAUAAUGAACGAUGACAGUGAACGGUGACCACGAAUGACAAUAGUGAACAACGAUAGUGAAUGAUGACAGUGAACGGCGACCGCAAACGACUACAGCGAACAAUGAUAAUGAACGAUGACAGUGAACAACGUUGGUGAAUGAUGACAGUGAACGACAAUAGUGAAUGAUGAUAGUGAACAACGUUGGUGAAUGAUGACAGUGAACGAUGGCAGUGAAUGAUGACAGUGAUCAACGUUGGUGAAUGAUGACAGUGAACCAUGACAGUGAACAGCGUUGGUGAAUGAUGACAGUGAACGACGAUAGUGAAUGAUGACAGUGAACCACGAUAGUGAAUGAUGACAUUGAACGACGAUAGUGAAUGAUGACAGUGAACAACGAUAGUGAAUGAUGACAGUGAACCACGAUAGUGAAUGAUGACAUUGAACGACGAUAGUGAAUGAUGACAGUGAACCACGAUAGUGAAUGAUGACAGUGAACAACGAUAGUGAAUGAUGACAGUGAACCACGAUAGUGAAUGAUGACAUUGAACGACGAUAGUGAAUGAUGACAGUGAACCACGAUAGUGAACGAUGACAGUGAACGACAAUAGUGAACAAUGACAUUGAACGACGAUAGUGAACGAUGACAGUGAACCACGAUAGUGAACGAUGACAGUGAACGACAAUAGUGAACAAUGACGGUGAACGACGAUGGUGAACAACAAUAGUGGACCCGACACAUCAGAUGAAGCCUGACCUUACCAUGCGAAUGGUCGGGCUGGUUAGUUUUACUACUAUUCCUAAUGGAAACAUAAACAAACCGUACUGUACCGCUCAUGGAAACGCACAGAUGGUCUUCUUCCUACCUUGUAGCAAGUGAAUAUUUGAGUUAUUGUUGCCUUUCUGUCAUCUUGACCCAGUCUGGUCAUUCUUCUCUGACCUCUGGUAUAAAUAAGGCAUCUUCUUCCAGAGAGCAGCUGCUCACUGGAUAUUUUCUCUGGUAGACCAGCAGUUUGUGAAAUAAUCAGACCAACAGCCACGUUCUUCCUCCACAUCUGUCUAUUCUCAUUCAUCCAGGUCAGUUGUCCAAAAGUCAAAUGAAUCUGAAUUAGUCUCAUUGGCAGCUUCUUAAAGCAGCCUGACCACUGUAGUUAUGUUGCGUUCCAUUUGUAGUCGUAGUAAACUUGGAUUUUCCAUGUCAGGAAUGCCCCUCAUGCCCCUCAUGCCCCUUGAACUCAGAUUUCGAACUUGGAGCAACCUCACCAAUCCCACAUGGGAUUCCAAGAUGGCUGCCACCAUCCCAGACGUGUUGGUCCAGUACUAGUAAAAAUGACUGGUUAUCAGAAAAGUGUUGAAUCCGAGACAAUGCAAAGUGGUUUUCUGUGCACAGCCUGUAAAGGUGUAUUUUAGUGUUUCUUUAGAUAAGAUAGAUACUCAUUGCGUCACUGUUUGUGUGCACUAAAUACCACAUAGAUGAUAUCAACUGCUAUUGCUAACAGUGGCUAGCCCGAGAUGCGAUUUCCGAGUAGUGACGUGAAUGGAACGCAGCACUGCAGUGAACACGGCUCACAUUUCACAGAGGUUAGAAGUUGAUUACCUUUUGGAAGAGGACCCGCUCCUGCUGUAACGUACAGGGCUUAUUUUUUUUAGAUGUUAAUAAGUUAAUUAAAACAUAAUUAUAUAUCUUUUAAUCUGUGCCCAUGUAGAGAUGAUACUCAAACACGUUUACUGUCUUCACUGUAAAUAGCCUAAAUGCCAUUUAUCAAUAUCUACCUUGCCCAAUUACUCAGUCAUAAUUAAUGAUGAAAUAAAUCUAUAUUGGAGGAUGA